AAUUUGCCAGAGCUAGAGGCGCCGGCGGCGGCUGCGGCCGCAAGAGCAGCUGCGAGGAAGGGACCUGGCAGCCCCCAAGCUGGAUGCAAAGGCAUCGCGCUCUCUCCUCGCUCCCCUGCUCCCCCACCCCCUUUUCUGCCCCUUUCACCCUCCCUCUCCCUGGCGUUCCCAGCAGCGUAGGGUUUCAGAUGUCCCACCGCCGGUUGACCCCCUCCCCCCUCUUCUCCACCCCUGCAAAUGAGGUUUGACCAGCAGAGGCAGAGCCCACCUCUGGCUUAGAAUCACUGACAUUUAGACUCCAGGUUUCAACCUGUUUACAAGCGGACUUUCCAAAGGAAGGGGGUGGGGGAUAGGGCCAUACAAAACAUCAGCCGCCGUCCCCCAAAACAAAAAGUGGCUUUCGGCAGCCUUCAAAUCGGCAGGCACCACUAAAAACAGAAGGGAAGAGAGGGAAGAAAACAACGGCGACUGGGUAGCUGCCUGCAGUUCUGACAACUCCAAAGGGAUACACUUGUAGAAACGGCUCGCAGGCUGGGGCUCCGCAGAGAGAGGCCAGAAGACCUUUUUGGCAUCUAACAUGGUGAAGAAAGGAGCAAAGAAGAGAACAAAGUAACUCCUGGGGGAGCGAAGAGCGCCGUGACCAACACCACCACCGCCACCACCAGCUCCUGCUUCUGCGGCCACCCACGUCCACCAUUCACCGGGAGGCUCCAGAGGCUCAGGCAGCGGAUCCCAGAAAGGAGCGAGGGGAGGCAGCCGGCUUUUCCAAGGAGUUAUGGAUGUUGGUGCAUUCACUUCUGGCCAGAUCCGCGCCCAGAGGGAGCUAACCAGCAGCCACCACCUCGAACUCUCUCCUUGCCUUGCACCAGGUCUUACCCUUCCAGUAUGUUCCUUCUGAUGAGACAAUUUCCAGUGCCGAGAGUUUCAGUACAAUGUGGAAAUGGAUACUGACACAUUGUGCCUCAGCCUUUCCCCACCUGCCAGGCUGCUGCUGCUGCUGCUUUUUGUUGCUGUUCUUGGUAUCUUGCGUCCCUGUCACCUGCCAAGCUCUUGGCCAGGACAUGGUGUCACCAGAGACCACCAAUUCUUCUUCCUCCUCCUUCUCCUCUCCUUCCAGCGCGGGAAGGCAUGUGCGGAGCUACAAUCACCUUCAAGGAGAUGUCCGCUGGAGAAAGCUAUUCUCUUUCACCAAGUACUUUCUCAAGAUUGAAAAGAACGGGAAGGUCAGCGGGACCAAGAAGGAGAACUGCCCGUACAGCAUCCUGGAGAUAACAUCAGUAGAAAUCGGAGUUGUUGCCGUCAAAGCCAUUAACAGCAACUAUUACUUAGCCAUGAACAAGAAGGGGAAACUCUAUGGCUCAAAAGAAUUUAACAAUGACUGUAAGCUGAAGGAGAGGAUAGAAGAAAAUGGAUACAAUACCUAUGCAUCCUUUAACUGGCAGCAUAAUGGGAGGCAAAUGUAUGUGGCAUUGAAUGGAAAAGGAGCUCCAAGGAGAGGACAGAAAACACGAAGGAAAAACACCUCUGCUCACUUUCUUCCAAUGGUGGUACACUCAUAGAGAAAGGCAAUGUUUGUGGAUGCAGCAGAACCAUGGCUCUUUUGCCAAGAAUAGCAAAAGAGGGUAUUCUUCAUGAAGACAGUAGCUUGAAAGGCAAAGACAUGUUGCAGAUGUCUGCUUGCUUAAAAGAAAGCCAGACUUUGAAGGUUUUUGUAUUCACUGCUGACAUAUGAUGUUUUUUUAAUUAGUUCUGUAUCAUGUCUUAUAAUCAAGAUAUAGGCAGAUCAAAUGGGAUAGAAGUUAUUCCCAAGUGAAAAACAUUGUGGCCGGGUUUUUGUUGUUGUUGUUGUUAGGUUUUUGUUUUGAAACUUCUGAGAUAGAACUUAAAGGACAUAGAACAAUCUGUUGAAUGAAUGAUCUUCGGGAAAGUUAUUUAUGGAAUACGAACUCAUAUCAAAGACUUCAUUGCUCAUUCAAGCCUAAUGAAUCAAUGAGCAGUAAUACACGCAAGCAUUUACUGGAAAGCACUUGGGUCAUAUCAUAUGCACAACCAAAGGAGUUCUGGAUGUGGUCUCAUGGAAGAAUUGAAUAGAAUUUAAAAAUAUAAACAUGUUAGUGUGAAACUGUUCUAACAAUACAAAUAGUAUGGUAUGCUUGUGCAUUCUGCCUUCAUCCCUUUCUAUUGCUUUCUAAGUUAUUUAUUUAAUAGGAUGUUAAAUAUCUUUUGGGGUUUUAAAGAGUAUCCUCAGCAGCUGUCUUUAUCUUUUCUUUUUCUUCAGCACACCACAUGCAUGUUCACGACAAAGUGUUUUUAAAACUUGGCAAACACUUCAAAAAUAGGAGUUGGGAUUAGGGAAGCAGUAUUAGUGCCCAUGUGCUAUCAGUUGACUUAAUUUGUAUUUCUGCAGUAAUAACCAUCAACAGUAAAUAUGGCAAUGCUGUGCCAUGUCUUGAGUGAGAGAUGUCUGCUAUCACUUGAAACCAUACAUUACUCUCGAGGCUUCCUCUCUCAAUAAAUAGAUCAGAAGGCCAAAUUCCUUUCUUUCAAUACAUCAAUUUACCUCCAAGAAUAUACUAAAAAAGGAAAAUUAAUUGCUAAAUAAAUUUAAGUAGCCUCGCCUCAUUAUUUACUCGUGAUUUUUUGCCAUAUGUCAUGGAGGUAAAGAGACUGUCCACAUCUCUAAAAACCCUCUGUAAAUUCCACAUAAUGCAUCUUUCCCAAAGGAACUAUCAAAGCAUUUGAUAUUAAGUGCAACUCUCCCAGGGACUUAAACUGAGCAAAUCAAAUGUAUACUGGUAUAUGUGUAACCAUAUACAAAAACCUGUUCAAGCUGUAUGACCUCAUCUUUACAAAACCAAAUAAAACUUGUUUUCUGUAAAUUUAAAGAGCUUUACAAGGUUCCAUAAUGUAACCAUAUCAAAAUUCAUUUUGUUAGAGCAGGUAUAGAAAACAGUACAUAACAGUUUACCAAUCAUCAUCACAUUGUAUUCCACUAAAUAAAUACAUAAGCCUUA